AUGCUUUUGCACACCCCACGCUUCUUGACUUGCAUGGCGACCGUCGCGUCUGACGUGUCGCACAAAGUGGCUCUACAGGGUUGCUGCAUAUACUCCAGAUGGGUCCUGAUGCAUGUGUUCAACGCAUUCACUGUUCUUUUCCUGAUGCGCAUAGAGGAAUUGCCCGUGCAUAUUAACACCUGCUGCCAGUUGCCAGAUUCACUUCCCUACAUGUACACAGGCGGCGGCUGUCACGCCUUCCGUGCCGCCACCAGUCACUUACUCCCGUCUCUUCUUCUUCACUUUUUCAACACCGUUCGCAUUCGCAUUCACAUUAGCAUUUCCUUUCUUGCUCUUUGCAGCACUGCAGCUUCGAUAGCAGUGGAUUGUGGCUCUGGAUUUGCUCAUAAUCUCAUCCGUUUUGAACUUUUCUCCGGUACAAUGAGCGGAUAUAACGAUCCGGAGAUGUUGAAGGCGGCCAUCGAGCUUGCCCAGAGUUUUUCAAGGACCAAGGGAGGCGGGAAGAAUAGAGUUGGAGGCGGUGGCAUGGGAAGCAGAAAAGAGAAUUUUGAACCUCACCAGCCAAGACAGCAGAGUCGAUACGGCCAAGUAGCAGCACCGCCGCCCCAGACUUUCACUCCCUCUGCGCCACCACUUCGCCCGUUGGCUCCGCCUCCAAGCAGGCGAAAUUACGGUGGUUCUGGAGACUUUGCGACUAGAAGAGCUGCAUGUCGUCCCGUUAUCGGUAAUUUGGGCAGAGACUUUUUGAUUGCCUCUGGUGUCAAGGCUGAGCUUGAGCCACCAAAGGAUAAGAAAGCUACUGGAAACCCCGUCCCCGUAUCUGGCCAAGAAUCUCAGAAGGGCCCUCUAGCCGACAAGAAGAGCAAUGGGGGAACAACGAAGCCUGAGCCUUUGUCCACCCCACCACGAUCCUCCGGCAAUGGCCAGUUGGAAAACAUCCUUGAUGCUUUCUAUGCCAUCCUAGAUAAAAAGCCGAGUAUUGGCCAAGAGAUUGACACCUUGGCCGAGGCGUUAUCCAAAGUAGACUUUAGCGACUUAGGCACGUCCACUCUGGAUACUCCAUCCGUCAAAGAAAACGCCAAAUCUAGCAGCCGUCAAUGUACCUGCCAGGAGCUCGAUGGACAAGGCAAUCAUGAAAAACGAUGUCCUCGUCAUGAGGCGCAAGAGAAGAAGGUCAAGGAAGUUGAUGAAGCAGGAAAUAAAAAUGAGAUGAAAGCAAGCGUCGCAAAGGUCAACAAUUCAAAGGUUACCGAUAAAAAGGCCAACUACACCAAAGCUACCCCUCAGAUCCCAGACGAUGAUGUCGAUGUUGACGGUGACGUUGACGUUGGCUAUGAGCCAACCAGCGGCCCUGCGUAUACGCAUUCACGCAAACUCUCUCCUGUUGCCCCGGUCUUUGUGCCUAGGGCUAACCAAGAUCUAGGACAGGCUACGGAUAUAAAUGGAGAGAGUAGCUCUUCCAUAAAACAAUCAACAAAAGGGCUAUCGGCUUCGAUGUGGGCAUAA